UUCAUUUGUUUUUCCUCAUUUCCAGCUCUCCUUUAUGAGCGGGUUAUGUUGGGCUAUGUCUCCUCUCUUUAUACAAACAUGGACUAUAUGAGCCAGCUAAUCUCCUAAUUAUUGACGCUCUAUUUUCACAUCGAGUAGGAGAAGCUUUUGGGUUAUUUUUCCUUCACAUUUCGCUUCUCGUUUGCCUUUUUUUUAGGAUGACAAGCUAACAGCGAGCUUGUUUUGUGAAGCCACGCUGUGAACAUCAUCACUGUAGUUCCUCCCACCAGGUGAGCUGAGGUGCCCGACGGAGCGUAUUAAGGUGCGGCACACAUGAAUUCACAAGGAAAAGUUGUUGGGCUAGCUCUAUAAAAAAUAUAAGAAGGAAGAAAACCCGAGGAGUCACCACAGAUGUAGUCACCUGACAGCCAGCAGCCAUGUCCAUUGAGUACACCAUUGAUAUCCAGCUAACGGAGUUGGGAUACCCAGACAUCCUCCAGCCUCUGGAGACCUCAGUGAGAGAGACACCAUGUCGGUCCACAUCACCCGAUGUCUCCCUCUCACACAGUCACCCUCCCACCUCACUGUCAACCACACAGGUACAAAGACUGCUGGUCAGAGGCCAGCAGCAGUCAGCUGAUGGUAAAGAAGCAGGUGCAGCAAAACAACCCACAGUGGUUUCACCUCUGUCAGAGACUUGUACAACCUUAAGUCCUGCUGAACAAGCUGUCAAAGAAGACACUCUCGAGUGUCCCACAGCGGCUGAAGCCGGAGGAGACCUUCCACAGCUAAUAACUGAACAGGAUGACGAUGGAGAGAAAGAUGUCGAUGAUGCACAAGAGGAUUCAACAGAGAUGCAGAUUGAUGUGGAGGACUCGGAUGACAGUGAGGUUUCAGUGGUGUAUGAGGAAGAGGAGGUCGAUGAAGAGGAGGAUGAGGAAGAGGAGGAGGAGGGACUAAACUAUGAGUCGAGUCAUUCAGGCAACUACCCCUGCAGCGUCUGUGACCUCCAGCUGCCCUCCAAAUUCAAGCUCCAGGACCACAUGAAUCUGCACACCGGAGCGCGCCCGUACUGCUGUGCCGAAUGCGGGAAGCGCUUCUGCCAGAUUUACAACUACCGCGUCCACCUGCGCACGCACGCCACCAAGACCAAAGUGGAUCGCCUCCAGUGCCGCAUAUGUCUGAAGAGCUUCGCAUCGCAGGACGAUCUGAAAGUCCACCUGUCGAGAACUCAUUUUGAGAAUGAGUUUUACGAGUGUGACCUGUGCAAACGUGUUUUCACUUGCCUGAAGGUGUGUGAAUUUCACGUGCAGUCGCACAAAUGUAAGCUGGAUCUCGUAUGCGAUAAAUGUGGCCGCAAUUUCUCCUCUCCGAAAUAUCUCGCGCGCCACCGGAAGACGACGUGCCAUCGCAAUUUUAAAUGCACAGACUGCCCGAUGACCUUCACGAAGAAGAACGCCCUCCUGAGACACAGCUUCUCCCAUCUCGGUUUGUUGCCUUACACCUGCAUACGAUGCCGCUGCCACUUCCGCCUGGCGAGGCUGUACCGCAAGCACAAGUGUGAACCCGAGCGCCUUCACUGCGUGGCGUGUCUGAGAGAGUUUCUCAGCCAGGAGGACUUCCAGCAGCACAAAAAGGACACCGGCUGCUGGGGCAACCAAGAGCCCAAAGGGGACGAGAUCAGGUGUUUGGAGUGUGGGCAGAGAUUUGACACGUCUGAUGAGCUGAAGAAACAUGCCGGCGCUCACCAGAGGGUGCUGAAGUGUGCCGAGUGUGGGAAGGGUUUCCGGUCGGCCUUGCUGUUAAUGUCCCACAUGGGCGGUCACGCCGGCAACUCGCCCUGCCUUUGUCAAAGCUGCGGAGUGGGCUUCCCCCACCAGCAGAACUAUGACAGCCACCUCAAGACCUGUGGAAAGACACCCCAGCCUGCGAGUGCUCCCAAGAAACGCCCGGCCUCGAAGAGCUCCUCGUCUGAGACAAAAAAGGUCAAUGCAAAACCAGACUCAUCGAAUGCAACAAACACAGCCGCCACACCGGCUGCUGUUUCAAACAACCCGGCUGCUGUUUCAAACAACCCGGCUGCAGUUUCAAACAACCCGGCUGCAGUUUCAAACAGCCCCGCUGCACCAGUGAAGGAUUGUCGUAGUCCAGGACUUGUGACGGAGGCGGUGUCUUCUGGCUCUGGUCCAUCAGAUGGAUUAUGGAAGCUAACCCUCAACAGACAGCCGCCUCCAGGUGUUAAACUUGUCGUGUUUCUUCCUGUGUGUGCAACACAAGCAGACGGCCUGACACUCCCUUCUGAAAUCUCUCCGACACUACCAGUUCCACUUACUCAGGGCCCGCCUCAAGAGGCUUUCCCGCCUGUGAAUGCCGUUCUCGGAGCGCCGCUAAACGCCCCCCUGAAUUUGGUAACUGGGAUCAAACGGGAUCCACAGUGGGAAGCACCUCUGGAUUUGUCUAAGAAGUGUAGCUUGUCUAAGUUCGUUCUGAACAACAUUCCUCUUCUUCCCGUUAAAAAGGAGCUGGGAGAAUUUAAAAUCUCAGGAGAACAAAAGAAGAAAACAAAUCCAGGAGAGACGGAUACACGCACUGAAGUGAAGCAGUUUAAAGUGGAUGGCAUGGAUUUCUCCAGUUUUAAAGUUAAUACAACAUCCUCUGGACUGAUAAUAGACAUUAAGAAAGAGCCUCAGUCUCCUGGUCCUGACUGUGAUCUGUGGUCAUCCAGAUCUUGCCAGCUGACAGAGAAAGAAAUUAAGAUGGAGGUUGACACUUCCCGCCCUGCUGAUGUAGAGAAAUAAACAUUUUCAUUGAGGGCAAAAUAAAAAAGAAUAAAAUUCCAUCACUGGUCACAUUCCCGACUGGAGGACGUGUCUAAAUCCUGCAAAGGACACACCUACUGCUGUACCCGUAGCCAUGUAAACAUGGAGGUGUUAUUCUACAGCCAGAACGAUAUACUAUUCAAUAUUGUAUAUAUUUCUGUCUAAUCAGUAUAUCUACCAUCAUACCCUUGUAUGACAAAGCAGAAUUUUUCUACUUUUUCCACUGUUAUGAAUUGACGAAAUCUCGUGUAUUUCUUUGUUUUUUGUUUCUUCUGUAAUUUAAACAAAACAUUCCCAGCUCGUGCUCAUCGUGGCAUUUCUUUUAUUUUGGGUAAAGCUUGUGGCUUGGGCCACCGGAGCAACAAGGGUACUGUAAAUGUCAUGAAGCCUAUGCAAUAUCGUGCAGGAUUUCUCAAAGAAUUAAAAUGUUUUCCUGAUUUUCUACCUAUUAUUUACUUGUUUUUGUGUGGAGAAAUUGAAUCCUUAGGAUUAUUAAUGUGUAUUAAGUCAAAUGAAAACACUGGAUUUCUUAGUAUUUGGCUGGAAACUUGAAAUGAUGUGCAUUUUUGUGUGAAGGCACUUGACGUUUAGUCUUAUGUUGAAUAUUUAAUGAAUGCAAAUAAGGGUACUGAUCAAUAAUAUGAAAUUAAGUCACCUUGUUAUUUACAUGUGCUGAAUCUUUACAGUCUGCAGGUAUCUUUUGAUGUUUUUUAAAAGGCAAAUAAACCGUUGUACUUGAUGCGAGAUCAAUUAA